GGAGGCUGUACGCAUGCAGAAUUAGUGUGCAUACUGUAUACUGCUUUUAUCGGAUUCUGAAAGGAACCCAUGAACCCAAAAAACAGGUUUAGAAAAAUCAAGUUGCCUUAGGAUCUCAGGAUGACGGAAGGAAGUAUGCAAAUCAAUUCGCACUGGAGGAGUUUGAAAUUUAAUUAGGGAGCCAAACUUAAUGCAGCCGAUACAAUGGGAGAACCAUAAAAGGCAAACAUAUCCAUUUUGAGCUUCAUUUUGUGGUGCAGUCUGCGGGAGGCCAGAAAAAGAGGGAGAAGAGUGAGUAUGCAGAAGAGAAGGCUUCCUGGAAGAGGUGAGAUUCAACAUCCCUCUGUUCUCCUAUCUCAGGCUCUUGUCCUGGCAUGUUCGUGUUGAGCACAUAAAGACACAAAAGCAGAUGUGAAGUCCCUCAUGGCGAAGUUUAACACGGGGGGCAACCCCACGGAGGAGGUCUCUGUCAACAGCCGCCCCUUCAAAGUCGCGGGGCAAAGCUCACCUUCAGGAGUACAAGCUAAAAAGAACCUAUUCAACAACCAAGGAAGUGCCAGCCCUCCUGCGGGACCUAGCAACGUACCUAGGUUUGGGUCCCCAAAGCCACCUUUGGCAGUGAAACCUUCAUCUGAGGAGAAGCCUGACAAGGAGCCCAAGCCCCCGUUUCUAAAGCCUACAGGAGUGGGCCAAAGAUUUGGACCACCGGCAAACUCAGCCACCAGAGACCCUGAGGUAAAAGUGGGAUUUCCAAAACCUGUAGGCUCCAAGCCCAUCAAUGUGCCCAAGGAAGAUUCCAAACCUGUGUUUCCCCGGCCCCAUGGGAAUAAGCCUUUGCUUCACAAUGUAAACGAAGACCACGACCUAAAGCCACCAGGCCCCAAGCCGGGCUCUAAUCCCCCAGCCCAGGAAACUGAGCAGAAGCAAGUGUUCCCCAAGUUGGCUGGGGUUAAAAGCAAGUUUGGGUCAGCCUCCCAAGACCACGACCCCAAGCCCCUCUUAACCAAGCCCGUCUUUGGCCAGAAGCCAUCCCUGAGUAGCGAUGACAGCCAUGAAGACGAGAACGCCAAGAACGCGUCUCUACAGAAAGGCCUCCCGACCCCCCUUGGAGCCAAGUCCAAAAUGACCCCUUUAAAACCAACAAGGCAUGACGAAGAAAAUAAAGACCAGGGAGGAGAGACGUCAAGUUCACCUUUCCCUGGCGUGGUUCUGAAACCUGCCGUGAACAGAGGAAGCCCAGGCCUCUCCAAAAAUGCUGAGGAGAAAAAAGAAGAUAGGAAGAUAGAUGCUGCUAAGAACGUCUUCCUGAGCAAAAUGAAUCAGGAAGACCCAGCCUCUGGGGCUCCUCCUGCCAAGUUCCCUAAGACGCCUUCUAAGCUGACAGGGGCAGGGCCAUGGGGCCAAAUUCAGGAGAAGGAAAAGGAAGAUAAGAAUUCAGCCACCCCCAGGCAGAAGCCCCUGCCUCCCCUGUUCACCCUGGGCCCACCGCCACCAAAGCCCAGCAGACCCCCAAAUGUUGACCUGACGAGAUUCCGCAAAGCCGCUUCUGGAAACAGUACCAACAAAGGCCAAAUGUGUUACUCAACUACUUCCCUCCCACCACCUCCACCGUCCCAUCCAGCCAGCCAACCACCAUUGCCAGCAUCUCACCCAACACAACCGCCAGUCCCAAGUCUACCUCCCAGAAACAUUAAGCCUCCCUUAGAUCUAAAAAGCGCUGUAAAUGAAGAAAAUCAAGAUAGUGUCAUGCACUCUGAUGGUACUGGAAACCUAGAUGAGGAACAAGAGAGUGAAGGAGAAACCUAUGAAGACAUAGAAGCAACCAAAGAAAGAGAGAAAAAAAGGGAAAAGGAGGAAAAGAAGAGAUUAGAACUGGAGAAAAAGGAACAGAAAGAGCGAGAAAAGAAAGAACAAGAAAUAAAGAAGAAAUUUAAACUAACAGGCCCUAUUCAAGUCAUCCAUCAAGCAAAAGCUUGCUGUGAUGUCAAAGGAGGAAAGAAUGAACUGAGCUUCAAGCAAGGAGAGCAAAUUGAAAUAAUCCGCAUCACAGACAACCCUGAAGGAAAAUGGCUGGGCAGAACUGCCAGGGGGUCAUAUGGCUAUAUUAAAACAACUGCCGUGGAGAUUGACUACGACUCCCUGAGGCUGAAGAAGAGUUCUCUCGGUGCUCUUUCAUCAAGACCGAUUGGAGAUGACCAGGAGGUAUAUGACGAUGUCGCAGAGCAGGAUGAUAUUAGCAGCCACAGUCAGAGUGGAAGUGGAGGGAUGUUCCCACCUCCCCCAGAUGAUGAUAUUUACGAUGGGAUCGAAGAGGAAGAUACUGAUGAUGGCUCCACACUACAGGUUGAAGAGAAGAGUAAUUCGUGGUCCUGGGGGAUUUUGAAGAUGUUAAAGGGAAAAGAUGACAAAAAGAAAAGUAUACGAGAGAAACCUAAAGUCUCUGAGUCAGACAAUAAUGAAGGUUCAUCUUUUCCUGCUCCUCCUAAACAAUUGGACAUGGGAGAUGAAGUUUAUGAUGAUGUGGAUGCGUCUGAUUUCCCUGCUCCACCAGCAGAGCUGAGUCAAGGAGCCAAGGCUAAGACAGAAGAAAAAGACCCCAAGAAGCUAAAAAAGCAGGAAAAAGAAGAGAAAGACUUCAGGAAAAAGUUUAAAUAUGAUGGUGAAAUUAGAGUUUUAUAUUCAACCAAAGUUGCACCCUCCUUAACUUCUAAAAGGUGGGGGACCAGAGAUCUACAGGUGAAGCCCGGUGAAUCUCUCGAAGUUAUACAAAGCACUGAUGAUACGAAAGUUCUCUGCAGGAAUGAAGAAGGGAAAUUGAUGGAGAGAUCUAUGAUGAUAUUGCUGAUGGUUGCAUCUAUGACAAUGACUAGGUCUCAGCUAUGUUCAUUCUGCCGUGUUCAUUUGACGCCAGUAUGAAAUCUGAGCUUUAGCUGACCUAUUAUUGGAUAUCACAGAAAAUGAACUCAGGAACGACUUAUUACCAUUUGUUUUAAAAUUCUGAUUAUCUUUACAAAAUUUUGAAACUUUGGACUUAGAAAAUGAUCUUAACAUCUUGGAAGACUGCGUCAAUGAGAUGUAGAAUUAUUAAAUAUUCCAUUUCUGCCUCAGCAACAAUUAUGAAGGCGCUUCUCUGAGACCAUCAGUAGACCUCCCCUUCCUAAAAAAAAAAAAAAAAAAAGAAGAAGAAGAAGAAGAAAUGACUGUGUUGUCUAAAGAAACAUGAGGACAAAGAAUAAAGAAAUAUAAGGAAGGAAAUUUUAAGGCAUUCCACAAGAAGGAAAACCAUUGUUUGAACCGCUAAUUAUGAUUGUAUCUUAUAUUCUUCAUUCAAAGUAUCUAUCUUUAAAAAAGGUAGAACUUGCUGGGGGGAUAAAUGUUUUCAAAAAUUAUAGCUGUAGCAGAAUUUUUGUAUAAAGAUCGCCCCUGAUUGUUAAUUGUGAAUAUAUGUUAAUUAUUUGAUAAGAAUGUAUGCAUUUAGUAUGCACAUUUAAGAUUAAAACUGUAGAAGAGUCAAAAAUAAGUUUUCUUUUUGCAGAUUCAUCCACUAACAGUUUAAUUAUGUGCUCUGUUUAAAGUACUGUUUUAACUAGAGUAGAUAUAAAUGAGGGCUACCCUAAAAUUAUGAAGAAUGGAAGAACGGACUUUGAAAUUAAUUAGUCUUUUAUGGUACCUCUUUACUACAAAGCCUCAUUUGAAGGUUUUUGUUUUUCAAUUACCUCUGUGGAACUGUUUUUUUUUUUAACCACUUUACAGAAAAUUUGGCCUACUGUUUGGAGUAGGGUGUUCCCUACUCGCAUAUUCAUUCCCAAAGCAUCUCCAAAACAAAACAUGGGGCAUUUGGGUUCCAAAUGCUAAGAACACUAAACACCAUGAUACAAAAUGCAAAACCCUAACACACAGGAAAAUCCCAUGUUAAGUAAUUUUUUCACAACUUCCAAAAUAUGCAAAUCAUAAUGCUGGCUUUACUAGUAAUGAAUGGUGAUGUGAGAUUGGGUAAUUUAUUUAUCUCCCCCUGCCCCAUUUGCUCAUCUGGAAAUUAUAGAAUUAGAUUAAAUCAGUUUUUCCAAACUUUUUCAACACCAGUUACCUCAAACUUUUAUAAUCCAUUCCCCAGCCCCAACCUCAUAUUUCAGAAGCUUUUGUUUAUUUUUAAAACUCAUUGAUUAAAUAAUGAUUAAUGCAUUUUCCAUAUCGUAAUAUUGCAAAGGCCCAUUGGAGCUUCUGAAGAGUGGCCCUACUGAAUUGACAUCAUUUCAAAUAACUGUAGCCUCAGGGGCACCUGGGUGGUAGCUCAGUUGGUUAAGCAUCUGACUCUUGAUUUUGGCUCAGGUCAUGCAUGGGAUCAAGCCCUGCGUCAGGCUUGAGCUGACAGCGCAAAGCCUACUUGGGAUUCUGUUUCUCCCUCUGUCUCUGCCCCUCCCCCACUCACACUCUGUAUCUCAAAAUAAUAAAUACAUAAACUUUAAAAGAAAUAAUUGUACCUCAGCCUUCAUAUAGGUGAAGUGGGAUUUCCAUUUGGUGUGUUGAGAUUUGAAAAUAGAUCAUAAACCUUUACUACUCAAUUUAUAGAUUUCUGGAGGUCUGAGACUCCCCACAUUAGAAACCAAUGAUGUCAAAGUCCCCUCCCAAUUAUGAAAUACUUUGAUGUCUACUUUUUGAUGGAGUAAGCCAGUAUAUGCUCAUAUGAUAAAAUUAUUUUAAUACUAAAUUACAUAGCUCAAAAGUGGUUUCGUUUUGUUAAAUUUGGUAGUAAAUAUACAUAAUACACUGACAGUGUAUUUCCGGUAAUUUUUUUCUGAUUGAGAAUAACAUAAAUUCAAUACAAUGUCACUUUUUAAAAUUCCAGAUUAAAUCAAGAGAAUAUUUGAGUUUUGGGUUAUACACCAAGAAACAGACACACACAUUGCUACAAAAGAUUAAUGUAAUAGGUAAUAAUCUUAAUAUAAAAGAUAUUUGACAUAUUAA